CAGAGAUCACCUGUGAGGAGAACAAAGACACACACCUGGUGCAAAAACGAUGGAGUACAGAGGCAGCGUGAGACCAUUCGUCAACUUCAACGCCAAACACGAUGCAGAGAUCCUCCAUAAAGCCAUGAAAGGAAUUGGUACGGAUGAAGACACCAUCCUCAUGGUCCUGGCAGCACGCAGCAAUGACCAACGCCAGGAAAUUAAGGCAGCGUACAAAAAGGCCUAUGGAAAGGACUUGGUUAGUGCACUAAAAUCAGAGCUCGGUGGGCUGUUUGAGAGUCUGAUUGUGGCCUUGAUGACCCCGUCUGUCUUGUAUGAUGCCUCUCAACUGCACAAGGCUCUCAAGGGCGCCGGGACUGAUGACGACGUGCUGAUUGAGAUCCUGGCCUCCAGGACUGGCGAACAAAUUAAAGAAAUCACCAAAGUGUACAAGAAAGAGUUUGGCGGCAAGCUGGAGAAAGAUAUCUGCGGUGACACCUCGGGGCACUAUCAGAAACUACUGGUGAUCUUACUCCAGGGGAGCAGGGAGGAAGGAGUAGAUGAGAGCAAGAUCGAGAAAGACGCUAAGGACUUGUAUGCUGCUGGUGAAGGCAAGUUUGGCACAGAUGAGGAGAAAUUCAUCGCAGUUCUUGGAAACAGGAGCUCAGAGCAUCUGAGAAAAGUGUUUGAUGCCUACAAGAAGCUCUCUGGCUGUGAUAUAGAGGACAGCAUUAAAGGAGAGACCUCUGGGAAUUUGGAGGACUUACUUCUAGCUGUUGUGAAAUGUGCCAGGAGUGUCCCACAGUAUUUUGCUGAAGGCCUGUAUAAAUCUAUGAGGCGCGCUGGGACUGAUGACGACACCCUGAUGAGGAUAAUGGUGUCGAGGAGCGAGGUGGACAUGUUGGACAUCAGAGCCAGCUUCAAAAAGAUGUACGGAGAGUCUCUGUACACCACCAUCCAGGAGGACACAGAUGGAGACUACCAGAAGGCUUUACUCUACCUCUGCGGUGGGAAUGAUUAA